UGAUGCUUUACACGCUUCCUUGAUUCACAGGAACCUGUAUUUUUCUUCAAAUUCAUGGCAGUAUAACUGACAAGAAGACAACGGACGGGUGCUAGAUUUACCUAGCCACUGUCCUAUGAAAGAGAAUAAAAAACCUGUAAAGUGUGCUGAAUUAUUUCAAAGAGGACCUAAAACUGGAGCCUCCAAGUCCUACUGGAGUCCCAGUCCAGGUUCUGGAGCUGUGGGAGGUUUACCUGGAUGAAACAACAGGAAGGAAGUUUUUUGUGCAUUCAAUCACUAAAGAGAAGACUUGGAAACCACCUCGAAUUGUGCAGCCAAAUAGAGAAAUAAAGGAAAAUACAAUGGAUGUUCAAAGUGCUUCAAACAAACUAAGCUCCCCUCGUCAAAACCCUGGGGCAGUUCAAAUGAGGAUUAAGAGUAUCACAGCUAACUGUGACAGACUGAGCCAGACCAAGUCUAUGGUGCUGACUGAUCCUGGACACCCUGCUAAAGCUAUAUCUCGUCAUAGAAGAAAUCAUUCCCAGCAUAAUUUGGCAGAUAUUACUGCUGGAGAGAAGCCUGAUAUAAAAAAAUGUGAAUACCUGAAUAAAGCCAAAAUUGCUGAGGGUGGCAAAAAGUUAAGAAAAAACUGGGCCUCAACCUGGGUUGUUCUAGAUGGAAAGAAGCUGUUAUUUUACAAAGAAAGCAAACAACAGGCUUUAACAAAUUUGAAAACUGGAUGCAAACCCGAGAGCGUAGAUCUUUAUGGUGCUCAAAUCGAAUGGACAACCGAGAAGUCAAGCCGAAAGAAUGUAUUCCAGAUUACAACUGGCUCAGGCAGUGAGUUUCUUCUUCAGUCAGAGAAACAUGCCUCUAUAUUCAGCUGGCAUGAUGCCAUUAAAAAGGCCAUUGACAGCCUGGGCACAGAUGGAAGGUUAUUACACUCCAACAUUCGGAAAUCUUCAAGUACUGAACUUGUGAACAGAUGUGGAGAAUUGUCUCCUGCAGUCAAAGAAACUAAACCAGAGCACAGGAGAUCACUAAUAUUUAAGCUGACCUACAGUACUUCUGACAGUGGUGAUAAAAAUGGAGUGAAAAACCGACUCAAGAAAUUUAUUUCACGGAGGCCUUCAAUGAAAACACUGCAAGAGAAAGGCAUUAUUAGAGAUCAGGUUUUUGGCUGUCAUUUGGCAACACUGUGUGAGCGUGAAGAAACUACCAUCCCAAACUUUGUGAGGCAGUGUCUGAAAAACGUUGAAGAAAGAGGUCUGGAAGCUGAUGGCAUUUACAGAGUAAGUGGUAACUUGGCCACAAUACAGAAGUUACGAUUUGCAGUGGAUCAGGAAGAGAAGCUGAAUUUGGACGACAGCCAGUGGGAGGACAUCCAUGUUGUCACCGGAGCACUCAAGAUGUUUUUCCGAGAGCUGCCAGAGCCACUGUUCCCAUUCUGCUUCUUCGAGCUGUUUGUUGAGGCAAUAAAAACACAGGAUUACCAGCAACGCGUCCAGUCUAUAAAGAAGCUUGUGUCUCAGCUCCCGAAGCCUAAUCAUGACACAAUGAAAGUUCUUUUCAGACAUCUUCAAAAAUUUCUCAACGUUCCCCUUCAAACCAACAUAUGUCUGGAUCAUUGCCAAGGCCUCGGAGAAUCUCAUGUCCACCCAAGGUAUAAGCAUUGUGUUUGGACCCACUCUCCUGUGGCCUCAGUUCGAUACUGGAAACAUGGCUGUGCAUAUGGUAUACCAGAACCAGAUAGUCGAACUGAUAUUAAUAGAAUAUUCUGAGAUCUUUGGACCCACAGAUGACUGACUUCAACAACAAAAACAAAUACACUUUUCGAUUUUGAUUUGAUUGCCCAUUCCAAUAAUUUGUCAAUUUUAAUAAAUGACCAGCAUUGGAUCAUGGUUAUAAAGCUGUAUAUAAUCUCUUCAUUCACACAGCUAUAAAUGGCUUUUGCUCUACAUUCAUUUCUUAACCACUGAAUGGUAUAUAGGAUGCAUUCCCUCAAUUCUACACCAAGAAUGCUAUUCACAGCUACUUAGGUAAAGGAUAAUUGUGACUUUUAAAAUUAUUUGUAAUUUUAAUUUCUACUAGUUUCCAGUGUUAUUAGAUUUGUGCAUUUAUGCUUAAGUUGGCUGCUACUGUAUAUGCCUAUGAUUAACCUUGCCAGGGUAUGACAUGCUUUUGAGCGUGUGCUUCAGAAUUGCUAAUCAGAUGUAAAAUGAUAGUUUUGUACUGUUUAUAAAUUACAUUUUUAUUUCAAACAUAUUAUUACAGUACUUGGAAGUAAAAAGGCUUGUCAUCACACUUAAUUAAAUAAGUGGAUAUGGACUGAUGAUCAAGUCCUAGAUUCGUAAAAGGUCAAUUAAUUCUUGUUUAUAAAGAAAAUAAUAUUUUGUUUCCCAGCAGAAAAAAUAAAUAAGUUACAUUUUUAAUACUAUGAAUGAAUAUGCAUGGCCUGUAACCAUCGUGAAUAGCCUACAGUACAGUGUAAGUUUGUUUUCUCUCUUCCAGGAAUCAUUAGUAAAACACAAUGACCCAGUUAAGUUACAAUCCCAUGAAAAGGUGAAUUUCGUAACUGUUAAGACGUCUCCAUUUAGAGAUCGAGGCAGUGGUUCAGGCAAGGAAGGUCUUUUACACCAGUCCCAGUGUGUUGAAAUUUCCCAUUUUAAAACUAACCACUUCAAACCACACUGAACCAAACCAAUUCUUAGGGACACUGAGCCAUAAUAUGUCUGAGUUGAGCCACAGUGCACUUCUAAUGCAGAAGAAACCCAGAAUAAGAGUAACAAACUGCCAUAUAAACUUCACCAACAUAUUUUUGGCACUAUUUACAGACCACUGUUUUUAAAUAUGCAAAUACAGAUGCACUAGAUAGCCAUAAUUCACAAUAUGCAAUGAUAUACAUAAUCCACUGCCUCACAGUCUGAUAAAAUGCCAAUGCAAUAGACUCUUCUUGCACAUGAAUAGAGUUUUGAACAAUUUGUAUCAGCUGGUAGCCAACAAAGGUUUUUGAAUAUAGCCUGCCACAUUAGAGUGCUUUAUUUCAAUGCAUUAGAGUAGAAAUCCAACCCCCUAAGAGCUGGCAUAGCUAUAAACGGAAUUUAAAUGUUACUGUUGCAAUAAAAUAUACCUCCAUGUGUAUAAGCGUGUUUAUUUUUCAAUAAAAAUCAUAACAAACAACAUCAUGUUUUCAUUGGUCACUCUUUGUUUAACAUGUCCAUUAGUGACCAAUAAUAAAUACUGUACUGCUAUAGCCGAAAUACACUAGUUUCUGUCUUGUAGAUACGCUCAUCUCCCUGAUAAUUACUGAGUUGAAUCAUACAGCUGUUUUUCUUUAAAACAGCAAAAAUGUAUACAACACAGUGAGAAAGAGCAGAUACAAUCUGUAUUAUAACACAUUACACAUUCUAAAUACAUAGCUUCAAUGUUAUUUUACCAGGAUUCUUGGAAACCUUCUUAAUAACGUAUUCAGUCCAGUCUUUGCAUACUAUAUUGGUCGCAUACACAUAAACAUAGAGUAUUUGUUUAUGCUUGUACAAAAAAAAGUCACAUAGCAGGAGAAUGAUUGCCAACAAUCUGGCUGUAAAUGCUUUUUUGGGGUUUAUAGAAUAUGUGUGCUUUGUUUUUUUCAAGCAUGAUAUAUACAAUAACUGAUUUAUAUUACAGUCGUAAAAUAAUAAUGUUUCUACAGUACGGUUACAAUUAAGACACAUGACCAUUAGACUAUGUGAUGAACAUUAAAGUUGUAAAUGCAUUCUUAUCCAAAUAACUGACCCAUUUUAUUAACUAAAAGUGAAUCAAACCCUCCCACUUAAACAUUGCAUAGUCUCAGCUGAUGCAAACUCUAUAGUUUCCUAAUAGAAUUAAACAGUUUAUAUAAAAAAAAAAAGCAAAUACAAGUAUAGUUUUGAGUAUAUGUUUAUUGUACCAGUGUAUACUAGGGUACUUUUAUAAAAAAUCAAAAAUCCAAGACUGUAUUAAAACAAAUAGUGACAGUAUUUGUUAGUGUAAAAGCAAAACUAUUGCCUUUGGGUUACAAAACCUUAACUGCGCAAUGAUGCCCUUAGCCAUUAUAUAACAAUCCCAGUGACUUUUGUAAACCUUAGUCAGUAUUUUAAACAAACUUGAAAGUAGUAAUUAAUUGCAUAAUAUAUACUGUACAUGUAUUGUUGUAAGCAUGCAUUUUUACUAA